AUGUUCUCUCCUGCGCUUGGGAGAGCCUUUCGCUCAACCAGCGCCAUCACCGCUGUGCCGACCAGUUCUGUCGGUCGCGCUGCGAUAAGCACCGCGCAACAGCCUUUUAGACCGAGCCAUCAACGGCGCCUAUCGUCCUCAAAGCCUUCUACACCUCCAGACAACUCGAAGAGGCCGACCGAGAAUGCCGCGGAAGAGCUGAAGACAUCAGAGAAGAGGUCGAGCAGGAGCAGCAAGCUCAAGGUCUCCAGUACAUCUGCGCCGGCAACUGCAGCACGCAACAUCCCUUAUGUGAAGCCAACAGAUCACCUCAUGGAGCACCACCUUGUUCUCUCCACCCUCUUCUCGCAACACCGACCCAUCUCGAUCAGCCCAGCCGCUGAACAGUCUGUGCCGGUCGCGGCUUCCAUGGAGCAGUUCGAAGCUAUCUUCCAGCCGCAGAGGCGCAACGAGUCCGAGAUCAUCGUGAACACCCACAAGACUUUGGCCGAAUUCAUUCAUCGUGUUCAGGCCUCGGCCGACCAGUACGAGGCUAUGGAUGCCUUCGAGGAAGCCGCCGAGGAGAUCUACCACCUCGACAGCUUCGCACCAGCACAGCCAGAAUCUCUGGAGAGCUACGCCUUCAGGCCGCCGCCUGCGCCCGUACCUUUCGACCCAUUAGCGACCGAGGAGGCAUGCGAGAUUACCCUCCCCACUACCCACACCGGUCGCUCGAAGACCUUCCGUGAGCACGUCAGGAGGAGGCGAAGCGGCAUGCUCUUGAUCAGUGUCAAGAGGCAGAGGAAGCUUAAGAUGAAGAAGCACAAGUACAAGAAGCUCAUGAAGAGGACGCGUCUGCUGCGAAGGAAGCUGGAUAGGUUGUAG